UACCGCAGCCGCUUUCACAAUCCGCUCUUAACUAUUCGACGACGGUGGCGGUGGCAGAGCGGACCGAUUACCGCAGCGGACUGGCACAGGCAGUAUGUGCGUGGCAGCGGAAGAGAGCGGACCGCCGAACUCGGACAGUUUCGGUGCCGUAGAAGUGCAUCCCUGGACAUGGCCAUGGACUUUGAGGAGAUACUGGGCAAGUGCGGCGACUGCCACCGCUACCAGUACAUGCUGUUGGCUCUCUACGGACUGCUCAUGUUCAUCGUUUCCCGGCAAUACUUCGCCCAGAGCGUCAUUAGCUUUGUGCCCGAUCACUGGUGCUAUCACGACCAGCUGGCGAAUCAAAGCUAUGCCGAAAUCGCUGCCAUCUACGCCCCAUUCAAGAAGCCUUCAUGCACGCGACUGGAAUCGAUCAACGAGGAUGGGAGCAAUGCCACUGCCAGCAGUGAGCCCUGCAAUCGCUGGAUCUACAACUACGAUCAUGGAUUCAGGAGCAUGAACGCCGAUCUGAAUUGGGUGUGCGAUGAGGCGUACAAGGCGCGAGUGGGUCAGUCCCUGUUUUUCGUGGGUUCCAUGUGCGGCACCCUGCUGUUUGGUCUACUCGGCGACAGAAUCGGACGCAUCAGAGCCGUGGUUUUGGCCAACUGGUGCGGCUUCCUGGGCGACUCGGCCACCAUCUUCGCCCAGAGCCUGGUUACAUUCUCGGCCAGCCGGUUCGUAUCUGGCCUGGCUGCUGAGGCCAACGCCUACCUCAUGUAUAUUCUGGGUAUGUUAUCAUUUUACAGCUCUUGCACUUAUCUAGUCUUCAUUUCCAAAACAGUGUUGGAGUACGUUUCGCCAACGAUGCGAAGUGUGGGCCUGAACCUCACCAUGUCUGUCUGGUACUGUCUGGGCAUGAUAAGUGCGUCUUGGCAGGCCGUCUGGCUGGGCGGAUGGCGCCCCUUCAUGGCCUGGUCCGCCCUGCCCCAACUGCUGGUCACCGGCUUCUACUUUCUGAUCCAGGAGAGCGCCCAGUGGCUGGUCACGCGCCACGAUAUCGAUGGCGCCGAGUUGAGGCUGCGCCGGGUGGCCAAGUUCAACCGACGGGAGGUCAGCGAGGCGGACUUCGAGCUGUUCCGCCAGCACUGCAAGAACAAGGAGUCGGAGGCCAGCAGCCAGGUCUCCAUGCAGAAGCAGUCGCGUCUCAUCGACGCUCUUGAAUUUCCGCGCCUGCGUCUGAGACUUACAUACGUGCUGGUUGUCUUCUCGAUCACGGUGCUCUGCUAUAAUACUAUGUCCCGAAAUGUGGAAGGCCUGAGCAUAUCGCCGUUCGUCAUGUUCACCUUUUUCGCCCUGACCCUGCCACCUUCGGGCAUUUUCCAGACCCAAGUCCAGAAGAACUUGGGUCGCAAGUUUACAUCAGUGGUCAGUAUGACAGCCACUGGCGUGAUGACCGCGGCCACUGGCAUUUUGCUGACCUUUUGGACGCAGCCCAGUGCGAUGGUGAUGGUGUGUCUGCUGCUGGUGUCCCGAUUUGGGAUCUCCGUGAUCACAGGGUCCACCAUGCAGAUAUCGGCUGAGCUAAUUCCCACUUGCGUGCGAUCCAGUGGUCUGGCCGUGAUCCAUGUCACGGGCGCAGCCCUCUCCUUCCUGUCGCCCUUCAUCCUGCACCUGGACACCUAUUUCCGGGCAGCCUCCUCGAUCAUACUCUGCCUGCUGCUCCUUCUGAGCGCCUGGAUUUGUCUGCUCCUGCCGGAGACGCGAAAUAAAAAGCUGCCCUUGAGCCUGGCGGAGGGCGAGGAGUUCGGCAAGGACGAGCGGAUGUUUGACUUUCUAAAAGGGUCCAAAAAGGAGGAUCAACAUGAUCUCAGCGCUGGCACCAAUGAGAAACUUAUGGCGGAGUGAAUAUACUUAUCAAGUAGGAUUGGACUUAAUUAGAACUCUUACGGCUUUGAGUAUUUCUUCUGCACAAAAACGUUGCCAAAAAUUGGUUUAAAAAUGUGUUCAUUUUGUAUAAACUAAAUUUUGCUUAAAAUCAUAUAAUAUAGUGGUUCUAACGAUAUCCAUUAAGCAGCCAAGAUUAUAUUUAUCAUAAGGGCUCCGCUAGUCUAGACAAUAAAAAAAAUGUCGACUUUUUUUUACUACAUUAUGAGCAAAAGUGAAAUAAUUAAACUACAAGAUAAAACAUAAGCUGACAAUAGGAAUGGCAAUAAAGACUGUGGUAAUUACUAUUAUUGUAGGCUUCUUCGAUAAGAAAAGAUUUUGACACCAUUAAAUAAUUUAUUU